AAUCGUUCAACUCGAAGGGGCCACCUCGGACUCUGUCAGCGCCAUCAUCUCUCACUCUCUCUCUCUCUCUUUCUUAUCCUCACCCUUGUCCAUGCUCUCUCUCUCCCUCCUAUAAUGAGCUCUAUAGCAUCAACUCCAACCCUCAUACACGAACGCGCCCACAAGCAGCUGUUCCGCCCCUUCCCAGCACCUUUAUCAUGGAAGCAAUGGGGCUACAUCCUCGGCAUGCAGGGCGUCCUCGCCAUGUGCAUCAACUUUGGUGCCAACUUUGGAAUCGCCACAGCUAUGUACUCUUCUCAGAAGGACGUUAGGAUGUGGGUGUUUAGCAAGAACACCAUUGCUGGCGACCUCGGCGUCACACCCAUCAUUCAGACGGCGCUGUCGAUGCUUAUCUCCUCUACACUCGUGCACACUGACUUGCACAACGGUAUAAUUCCUCCCCUUCCCUUCGUGUACCCGCACGUCGAGCACCUUCCAGACCCGCGCAUUCUCCUCGACAGGAUUUUCAGGCGCAAGCUCGCGGCGCCUGGCGAAGAGAUUCUCGACGAGAAAACGCAGCAAGCCCGUGGAGGAGUAUCCUUUUACUUCUGGAUGCUCAUCCGCUUCAUCUUCGAGGGCACGGAGCGCAACAUGCUCCUCUCCCGGCCAGGUUUCAAGAACUGGUGGGGACGUCUUCUCUGGACCGCCGCGCAAGGCGCUGGCUUGGGCAUCCUUCUCGGCUUCCCCAUAUGGUGUCUCGCUAUCGUCAUCCUUAGUCCCAUCUACGGCACUGGCAAUCUGGGCAACCGCUGGGCUCCGCAGGCCAUCAAGGGUGUGUACGGCGGCCUAUACGGGUUAUACUCGAACCCCAUUAUUGCGAUGAUUGCGCUAGGCGCCCAGUCGGAGCACCACUUGCUUGUCGUCCCUGUCGAUGAGGAGGCAGGCGUCGCAGGUGUAGCGCCUAAGGCUCCCGAGGCGCCUGCAGCUCCGAUACACACUAUUGCCGAGGAGGAAGACUACACACCUCCCCGAGGCUCUGUUACACCCACGCCGAGUGCGCGCGGCCCAUCCUCACCCUUCACCAGACCUUACCGCCUUGCCUCAACUGGGCACAGCACGCCAGCGCAUUUCCGCGUCGGCGAGCCGCAGCUCACCGAGACGCUGCAGCCUCCACUGCGGCGCACGCGCUCGCGCUCCUCCUCGAUCUCCAAACCGCCUCUUACCUGCAAUGUCGGUGAUUGCCUCCCGCCUCCCGAGACACCGACGCGUGCACCGACACGCCCUCGCGGGCUCACCGUCUCCUCAUACGUCUCAGCCUCGGGUUCCAGCUUUACGUACGCGCUUAGCGCGAACGGUGGCCGCGCCUGCCGCUCCCGUUCCAACACCGUCUCCAGCGUUUCCGGGCUUCCCUCCACGACUGCGCCUUCAACGUCCAUACUCUCCACGUCUGCGCCUUCAGCCUCCAUGCUGUCUACCUCUGCGCCUUCUGGCGCAACGUCAGGCCUUCCCAGCCCCAGUGCGUCUGAUCGCUUGACCGGCACACCUGUACCGCAGCCAGGCUUUGUGCGCUCUCGCGCCGAUUCGGACACGCCUCCUUCCCGGCGCGGAUGGAGAGCGUCACCUUUCGAGACGGGCGGCUCCGAUGUGUUUGGCCCCACCUCGUCCGUCGCGCCGUCGAGUGUCGGCGUAUCCUCCACAGUUGCGACGUUUUACACCGCGCCGACGAGCGUGAGCGUCACGCCCCAGCCUCAGCCCCUUGCCGUGCCAGAAGUGACAAUACAGCGCCCAAGCUUCGACGUCGAUGCCGAAGAGCGGGGUCUGAACGAGCGCACCCCCGACCCGAUCCAGCGCCUCGGCGGGUCCCGUUAAUGUAGCAUAGCCUUUUAGUAGACGGACUAUAAUACUCUUAUCAUGCACCUGACACCGUGUUUCCAAUGUCG